AGACGUGAAAAAAAUAAUGAAUAACACACUUGUUUGUGUGGAGCGGUGCCUUGAAUUUCUUUAAAGUCCUCUGCCAACUUAGCCCUUUUUUUUCCCCCCUUUCACUCCGUGUGUCGGCCACGAACUUUUUGCUGGGCAAGAGACAGUGGAACGGGACAUCAGGAAAGUGAGCACACGGAGUCCUGUCCCCCAGCAGCCGUCCACCAUGACAGCGAUGCGAGGACGCGGCGACUUGCAGCCUGAGCGGCUGGCCCCUAUCAACAUGAACCACUAUGCCACCAAGAAGAGUGUGGCAGAGAGCAUGCUGGAUGUGGCGCUGCUGAUGGCCAAUGCAUCACAGAUGAAAGCCGUUCUGGAGCAAGGACCUGGCUUCAAGUACUACAUCACUGUUCUGGUGCUGAUUGGGGCCUCCCUCCUCCUUCAGAUCCUGGCAGGGGCUCUCUUUGUGGUCAUGGCUCGGAAGGAUCUCAAUAAUGUUGCCAACCAGAGGAAGCUGGAUAUUAUAAACAACAUAGCUACUGGACUAGUGUUUUUAACUGUGAUUAUUAACAUCUUCAUCACUGCUUUUGGAGUUCAGAAGACUGGACUGUAUCCCAAACCCAACUGACAGUGCAGGUUUACCCCACCUAGCAUGUGCUGACCAUCACAGUCCUCUGCAUUUGUUCAUGCUCACCAACAGUGUCACACGAGAAGCAAAUAUAACAGUUUGUAUUUGUGUGUAAAAGACAUCUUAGGUUUCUGUAGUGUCAGAAAUGUUUAAUUUAUUGUUAAUUCAACUUCACUAGUGACUAGAAAAUAGUGCAUGAAUUUAAUAUAGCAUUUAAUCAUUGAUAUAAAAUCGUAAAUAAUUAAAGUGAUAGUGUAUAGUUUUCAGUGAUCCCAAAGCAAAAAUAUCCUAUACAGUAUGUUUACUAUGAGAACCAUUCAUCAUGCCAGCUUCAUUUUAUACUUUAAAUGUUUGCUAUAUUUAAUAUAUCAUAUGUAAUGCAAUAAACAUUAUAACAAUAUUA